UCUUGUUUUGGGGGGGGACUUUUGGGAUCCAGGGCCCAGAGGAAAGGAGAUGUAUUUCUGCAUAACUAACAUAUGAAAUGGGCACAAACAUCCAAAUACUCUCAGUAGGUGGCAGAAGACCUCCUGAUCCGCCUUUUCAUGGGGGCAGAAGGGAAGCAGCGGCUGUGGAACCAGAUCAGGGUCCAGUGUGCUUGGAAGAUGCUGCUGUUCGUUUCACGGAUGAGGAGUGGGCGUUGCUGGAUCCUGACCAGAGAGCUCUGCAUAUGGACGUCAGGGAGGAGAAUCGUGGGAUUGUGGCCUCUCUUGAUGGUAUCCCAAAAAUCUUUAAUCUUGUCACAUUCCCACCACAUAUGCAUAUUGUGAAAAAUUGGAAAUCAAGAACAAGGGUGACCAUGAGAAAAUCCCCAGAGAGGAGAAGCCAAAUAAAAAUUUAGAGUGUGGA